AUGGAUAGCACUUCCUGGGAACCUUUUGUCAUCUUAACCCCAAGACUCAUUGUCCUUCCUACCCCACAAGCCGUCGCAUCAAGCUCCUACCGAAGGCUUUAUGCGUCACUCCACGCAGAUAAAGCAUUCUGCGAAAUGGGGUUUGGUGUUCAUUUCCCGCCCAGGCAAUGGAGUGACGAUGAAACGCGCGAUGUGAUCCAGACACGCGAUAUUACGCGAUGCUGGGAAGUACGCGGUAUGGGUGACUUUGCCGUGGGUUUACGCCCGCCAGAGAUUUCACUGGGAUCAUCCAGCAACGAUAUCGACAUUCUGAAGGGAGAUGUGCUCGAAGCUCUUUCCGGCCUAAGCAUCAAGAACUUGAAUGAUAUCACCUGGGUUGGCUACGCUGGUGUUCGUGAUGGAACAACAACGUCGAUUCCACCACGAGAGGCUGACGAUCUACCCCUUCCACCAUGGAAUGAAAUGGUUGAGAUUCGCUAUGGUGUUUCGCCGACACACUGGGGUCACGGAAUUGCGAAGGAGGCGGCAGAAGCCGUCAUGCACUGGGCUGUGAAGGCAUGCGGCGUGACGAGGUUCAUCGCCGAGACGGAGAGGCCUAAUAAGAGGAGCGCUGGAGCUUUGGAGAAGCUUGGGUUCACUCGGAGUGAUACGAAUUAUUGGAAACAACCGAGUCAGCUAGAGUGGGAGUGCAUACAAUAG